AAAAGGCAUCCAUCCACACUCUUGCUUCUGUCAGCACUGCUGCAGUGUUGUUAAGUUGUAUUAUUUAGUAACAGUGUAACCAGGAUUCUCGCUCUUUGGUCGCAAUGAAGCGUAACUGCAGGUGAAGGGAGGAUCAGAGUCAAACAUGGGAACAAACAGCCAGAGUGCCACCAUGGAAACAGAGGAGAACGCCCAAACUCCUGCGGCGUGCAUCGUUUCUGUGAAAGGCUUGAAGGAAAACUGGCAGAAGUGGUCCAGCGAACACCAGGAGUACCAGAAGCACAAUCCCUUCAGUCACAACACCAGACCGAGCGUGAUGGUCCCUCAAAGGGGAGGGGAUGAGUAUGGGAAACCCCUGCAGGGUUCCCUGACAGAGCAACGUGGGAAGGACGCUCACACACACAUCAGCAGAGAGGUUCAGGAGCUGUGUGAGGUCAUAAGGAGCAUUGGGGAGUCGGGGGGCAGCGAUGGGAAAGUGAUUACUGUAAGAUUUGGAAAGCUGUUUGAGCAUUAUGUGACUAUCUCGAAUAAACUGGUUGGGAUUCUUCUGCGAGCGAGGAAACAGAGACUGGUUGACUUCGAGGGGGAGAUGCUGUGGCAGGGGAAGGAUGAUCACGUAGUUAUCACUUUGUUGCAGUGACCA